UAUUUACUCUCUCUUUUUUUGCUCCAUUAAAUUUUUAUAAUUAUCACAAAAAUUAUUAAUUAAAAUCGUAAGAAUCGGAUCAUUAGAAUAAAUCGACGGCUCAGAUUCAUUCAAACCAGAGAACACAAAAACAUCUCUCUCCCACUUUUCUCCCGGAGACAGUUAACGUGAUUCGCUCUUUCCUCUUUGCCCCAAGAGCUACACGACAAUCCCACCACACACACACACAAGCCUACACACACACACACAGAGAGAAAAGAGAGAGAGAGAGAGAGAGAGAUUUGCUACUGACUUGAUACAUUCGACAGAGUGUGUGUGUGUGUAUCUGUCUCGCGACCGUGUACCGGCGGAAUCGUCUUUGCUUUAAGAUGAUGAAACCGACCGGAGAUGGAGCAGGCGAAAUCGCCGGCGCCGGAGUCCAAGGAACCGUGGCGGAGGGUUCCGCUUUGUUAAUUGUUGGUGUCAAGCCGGAUGAAUGGAGUCGAGAGGUGCUUACAUGGUCUUUGGUUAAUGUUGCCCGUCCUGGAGAUCGAAUCGUUGCUCUUCACGUUCUAGAUUACUCUCUAGAGGGCUCAACGUCGCUUAUUUCGUUGGUUAGGAGUUUUGAUACUAUGCUUGGUGUUUAUGAAAGCUUCUGCAACUUAAAACAGGUAGAUUUGAAGUUAAAGGUUUUCAGAGGGAAGUCAGCUAGGAAAGUUCUUGUACAAGAAGUUAAAUCGUGUGGAGCAACAAGUUUAAUCGUUGGUUCCUCUAAGAAACAUCACACUAUCCGUUCUUCAGCUUCCUUAGCCAAGUAUUGUGCUAGGAAUCUUUCCAAGGAUGUCUCAGUUUUUGCUGUUAAGAGUGGCAAAAUUAUGUUCCGUAGAGUACCUAAUACCAAUGGUGCAGAUGGUGGUCCUCACAUGAAUCUUCCCUCUUUAGUGUGUGGCUCACCAGACAUUGCUAUUGAAGCGGCAAAGAUUGGCAACAAUUUUAGCCCUGCAAGAACGAGCUCACGCUGGACAAGAACUAGUCACAGUUCCUCGUUGCAGUCUCCUGAAAGCUUAGGUGUAGACAAUUCGUUGGCUUUAGUGCCAGUACACACAAAUGGGGCUGAUUCAGGUUCCCUUGAGUCAGGACCAGGUUGGCAUUUUCUUCGCGGCUUUUACGGUCAUCGAAAAAGCUGGACCAAAGUUUCUGCUAAGAAGGCUGUGCUUCAGUGGGUUUCAAGGCUGCGAGGCCGGCAUUCAGAAGCUGUAAUCUAUCUGGAUAGGAAACAAAGUGACUCUGGUUGUGAUGAAGAUUGCUCUUCUAGUAUUGAUGGGGAAGAUGUUUCCAUUUCACGAUCUGGUUCUGAGCUUAUGCAGUCUCCUCUCUCUCCCUUUACUGGAUCAAACAACAUUCCGGAAGAGCUGGAGGGUCUACAUGAAAAGUACUCUUCCACAUGUAGACUAUUCACCUACGAGGAAGUUCUGACAAUUACCUCAAACUUUUCAUCCGAGAACUUAAUUGGAGAAGGUGGUAAUAGCUAUGUUUAUAGAGGAGAUCUACCAGAUGGGAGGGAAUUAGCUGUCAAAAUAUUGAAGCCUUGUCUGGAUGUGUUGAAGGAAUUUAUUCUGGAAAUUGAAGUCAUUACAAGUGUACAUCACAAGAAUAUAGUAUCUCUCUUUGGUUUCUGUUUUGAGAAUAAUAAUUUGAUGCUGGUGUAUGACUAUCUACCCCGAGGAAGUCUUGAAGAGAACCUUCAUGGUAAUAGAAAGGAUGCAAAAAUAUUUGGCUGGCUGGAGAGGUUCAAAGUGGCAGUGGGUGUUGCGGAAGCACUGGACUAUCUACAUAAUACUCAUGACCCAGAAGUGAUUCACCGGGAUGUGAAAACUUCUAAUGUUCUUUUGGCAGAUGAUUUUGAGCCACAGCUCUCAGAUUUUGGAUUUGCUAGUCUGGCUUCAAGUGCUUCACAGCAUGCGUCAGGUGGAGGUAUUGCCGGGACAUUUGGUUAUCUAGCACCAGAGUACUUCAUGCACGGUAAAGUGACCGACAAGAUUGAUGUCUAUGCUUUUGGUGUUGUAUUGCUCGAGCUCUUAUCGGGUAGAAAACCAAUCUGCAUCGACCAGUCUAAAGGCCAGGAGAGCCUUGUCUUGUGGGCAAACCCAAUUUUGGAGAGUGGAAAGUUUGCUCAGUUACUGGAUCCAAGUCUAGAAAAUGAUAACAGUGAUGAACUAAUCGAGAAACUUUUGUUAGCUGCCACGCUAUGCAUUAAACGCACGCCUUAUGACCGUCCGCAAAUUGGCCUGGUCUUAAAGAUCUUACAAGGGGACGUAGAAGCAACAGAGUGGGGAAAGCAACAAGUGAGAACCUCAGAAGACGAAACAGCGUAUUUGACGAACAUAGAGUCACAUAUAAACCUUGCAUUACUUGAUUUGGAAGAUGAUGCAGCUUCUGAUAGUAGCCCUGAAGCUAGUAGUAUCUCUGUUGAAGAAUACUUGAAAGGACGAUGGAGUCGCACUGCUAGCUUCAACUUCAACUAAUAUUUUUAGUAGUUUAACCACAAAAAAUCUCAAGCAUUUGACUAUGGUAAUUUGUAAGUUUUGUAAAUUGUAAUCGAAUAUCUGAGAUUUUCAAGCUUUUAAGAUGUGUCAAUUUAGGAAGAGUGAAGAAGAGCUCUUGUAGAGAGGCCAAAAGUUGUCUGUGUUGUUUGUUUUGUCCUAAGAGUAGAAAAUGUUAUGAGUAUUACGCUGCGGUGAUUUCAUCAUUUUCGGUUUCAAGAGUAAAAUAAUGAAGAGAGACAUGGCUAA